UCCCUCUGUGAGUGCUCAGCAUGGAAACUCGGACUCUGUUUCACCGCAGUGAGGAGGAGCAAAAGGAGGAGAGCCAACGCAGCUUGCAGAUGACCUCUACCACAAGAAAGGCAAAGUUCAGGUCCAGUGAGGAAGAAGAGACUUUCACCGUUUCAGAAUUAUCCAUAGCAGCUGCCCUCGCCUUGACCUCAGAAGUAUCAUGGGAAUUCAAGCUGAGGAGAGAAGCUACCAUCAUAGAGCUGGAGAAGCGGGGUCAGAAGAGAGUCCGGUUUGGGAAUGAAAUGGAAAAGCUGGAGAAGGCGGUCAUUAGGAACUGCAGGCUCCUGCGCGUGAAGGCUGAUCGGAAGGCCUUUCGCAAGAAGGCUCUAGAGAAGGCCCAGCGGGAGAAGGAGUACAUCGAGCUGCUUUCAAGCCGGCCCCCCUUGAUCUGGAUCCCACUCAGAGUUCAUGCAGUCUGGGAGAGAAUGGGGGUGAAGCUUACAUGUAUCAUUCUGGCUUCCCCUCCACCGCAGGUCACCUGGUAUAAAAAUGGAGUCCGUAUUGAUCCCCGACUGGCUCCAGCAGGGAAAUACAGGAUCCAGAACAAGUUUGGCAUGCUCACAUUAGACAUCAAUAGAUGCUCCUUGGAAGACUCUGCUGAAUACAGUGUCGAAGUUAAAAAUCCAUAUGGUGAGGCCUAUUCAUUUGCUACGGUGCUUGUCCAGAAAUAUUAUGGGAAAGAGUCAGGAUUCGAUUCAGAAAUAUACAAAAGAUCACUCAUUGGCCAGGAGGCAGAUUUUGCCUUUUCACUGAAGCCCCUAUUCUCCAGAGAGAAGGAACCUUUUACCCUUUCCUGCUUCUUUUCUUCUGAUCUACUUCAACACCAACGAGAUAUCACCUGGUUCAGAGACGGCGAGUUUCUGAAGGAUUCCGAUCGCCAGCAAAUAAAGUGUCUGGAUCGCGAGGCUUCUUUGACCGUGUUGUGUGCUUACAAAGAAGACGAGGGAUUCUACACUAUCCGUGUCCCUACACUGGACGGGUACAAUGAGCAGAGUGCUUACGUGUUUGUUAGAGAUGCUACGGCAGCAACAGCCGGUGCACCUGGAUCCCCCCUCAAUGUGAAAUGCCAUGAUGUAAAUAAAGAUUGCCUGCUCCUUUCCUGGGUAGCACCCAGCGAUAGUGGAGGAAGUCCAAUCUUCGGUUAUUUUAUUGAAAGGUGCGAGGCAGGCACAGACGAGUGGAUGCCAUAUAAUGAAAUGCCCGUGAAGACCUGCAGGUGCCCUGUUUUGUGCCUCACAGAGGGAAAGACAUACCAGUUCCGGGUAAAGGCUGUCAACCAUUCAGGCAUCAGUAACCCUUCCAAGGCCAGCGACCCAGUCACAAUGAAAGACCCCAAUGAGGAAAAAAGAGUGAUAACCAUCCCUUAUGAUGAUGGAAAGGAGAUUACAAUUUCCAAAGAUGAACUGGAAGGCAAGAUUAAAAUUCCUUUGCCACCCACCAAUGUUCACGCGAGUGAGAUCAGAGAAGAUUACGUGGCCCUCUCCUGGGAUGAACCAGAUCCCAGAGGCAAGGAGCCACUGAGUUAUUAUGUGGAAAAGUCCAUUGCAGGCAGCAACAGCUGGCAAAAUGUCAAUCUGGAGAUGGCGGUGAAUUCCCCAAGAUUUGCACUCUUUGAUCUUGUGAAGGGAAAAUCAUACUGUUUCCGAGUGCGAUCUGCUAACAAAUACGGAGUAAGCGAGCCAUCCUUGCCCAGUGAGCCCAUUACUGCUGGAACAACAUUAGCUCCGCUCCCACCUCCCUCUCAGGUUCUAGCUUUCAGAGACACCAAGACGUCUGUUGUUGUGCACUGGGAUAAGUUGAAGGAGGAUCAGGAGCCCCUCGGCUAUUACGUAUAUUGUCAGGAGGUUGGGACAGAUGAAUGGCAGACUGUCAACAAUAAACCCGUGACGUGUAACAAGUUUACUGUUCCAGGGCUUCAGCCUGGGAAGGAGUAUGUAUUUUGUGUGAAAUCUGUCAAUGAAGCAGGAGUGAGUGACAGCUCACCAGAAUCUGACCCCAUCAUUGUCAGGCCGGCUAUCUCUCGUCCGUCAGCCCCACGUGACUUUGCCCUGCUGAGCUGUGGGAAGAAGGACAUGACUAUUGGGUGGAAAGCCCCAAAGCACAAAGGAGGAGGAAAGAUUCUGGGCUACUUCCUAGAUCAGCAUGAUGCUGCAGAGCUAGAUUGGCAUGAAGUCAACAUCAGACCUAUUGUUCAACGAGUUUACAAGGUUACCAACCUCAAUGAAGGACAUUUCUAUGAGUUCCGUGCUUGUGCGACGAACAUGGCGGGAGUGGGGAAAGUAUCUGAACCCAGUGACUUGUUCAAGUGUGAGGAAUGGACGAUGCCACAGACAGGCCCCCCCUAUGAUGUGAGGUUCACCGAGGUGCGGGACACAAACCUGAUGCUGCACUGGGAAGCACCGUUGUAUACAGGAGCAGGUCCAGUCACUGGAUAUUACAUUGAUGUCUGUGAAGAGGGGUCAGAGGAAUGGAAGCAACUAAAUAAGCAGCCGACAGCCAACACCCACAUGAGGGUUUCUGACCUGGAGACGGGGAAAUGCUACAUUUUUCGAGUACGGGCAUUGAACAAGGCAGGGAUUAGUCUACCUUCCAUUCCCUCUGAUCCUGUGGUGGUUGAAACCAAACCAGGCACAAAUGAGAUUGAACUGGGAGUGGACAAAGAGGGCUUUAUUUACAUGGCCUUUGAAACUCCUGAUAUGUGUGACACUUCUGAAUUUAUCUGGUCAAAGGAUUAUGAGGGACCUCCAGAUCCUAACCGAGUCGGAACUGAAGAUAAAGGCAACAAAUCUAAACUCAUACUGAAAAAUGCAUCAGAAAAGGAUCUGGGGACAUAUUCAGUGGAGGUAACUGAUGUAGAUGAUGAGAUCUCCGCCAGCCAUACUUUAACCCAGGAAGAACUGGACAAUUUGCGGAAAAUUAGUCAUGAAAUCAGAAACCCAUUGAUUGAGCUGAUCUCCGGGUGGAACAUCGAUGUCCUUGAGAAAGGAGAAGUGCGUCUGUGGCUGGAGGUGGAAAAGCUGUCGCCAGAGGCAGAGCUGCAUUUAAUCUUCAAUGGGAAGGAGCUUUCAAGCACUCCGACACAUAAGAUAAACUUUGACAAAGCAAACGGCCUCAUAGAACUAAUAAUCCAGGACUUCUGUGAUGACGAUAAGGGGACGUACACAGCCCAGCUGCAAGAUGGAAAAGCUAAAAACCAGUUCACUCUGGCUCUCAUUGAUGACAGUUUUGAUAAAGUUGAGGCGGAGGCUGAUGCUAAGCGGAGAGACUGGAGGAGAAAGCAAGGUCCUCAUUUUAUAGAGAAUUUGCAGUGGAAGGUUACUGAGGAUUGUGAAGUUCUGCUGAUGUGCAAGGCAACAAACAUGAAAAAAGACACCAACUUUAAAUGGUUCUUGGAUAAAAAAGCACAUUCGGACGGUCUGUAUGAUCCGCAGACUGGGACUGGAACUCUUCGGAUUAAAAAGCUUACCAGAGAGGAUAAAGGAAUAUACAAAGCGGUUGUUUCUGAUGACCGAGGAGAAGACAUUACUGAACUUGAUCUCAGUAAGGAAGGGUUUGAAGACAUUCUCAAAGAGCUCUGCAGGGUUAGUGCCCUUUCUGCUAAACCUCUGAAAGUCCAGCCAACUGCAGAAGGCAUUCGAAUCUACAGUGAAGUGAAGUACUACAUGGACUACAUGAAAACAACCUGGUAUCACAAGGAGAAGCGACUAGAAAGUGGUGAGAGGCUGAAAAGCGGAAGUACAAUGGACCAGAUCUGGCUACACAUACUGAACCCCACGGAUUCGGAUAAGGGAAAAUAUACCCUGGAAAUAUUCGACGGGAAAGAUUCUCACAGACUGUCAACUGACUUGUCUGGGAAAGCUUUCGAAGAAGUAAUGGCUGAACACCUACGGCUAAAGGAAGCGCUGAUAGCAGAAAAGAAUCGUGCCAGAGUUGUUCAAGGUCUGCCAGAUGUUGCCACCAUCAUGGAGGAUAAGACCCUGUGUUUGACAUGCUGCAUAUCUGGUGACCCUUACCCAGAAAUUACUUGGUUCAAGAACGAGAAGGUAGUAGUUUUUAAAGAUCGUUACAAAAUGGACGUGAAGGGGAUAGUUGUCACAGUUACCAUUGAGAAAGUCUGCAGUGACGACACAGGAAAAUACAGCAUCUAUGUCAAGAACAAAUAUGGCUCUGAAACAGGGCAGGUUACUAUCAGUGUGUACAAGCAUGGAGAAGAACCGAUCGAGCUACGGGAAAAAUGAUUUCCAACACACUCAGAAACGCAGGUUGGGAUUUCCAAAGAGGCCUAAAGGCAUUAGGCACCAAACUCCCAUUGAAUGUCAAGGGGAUUUAGACACUUGGUUUCCUUUGAAAAUCCUGGCCUUAAAAUUCAGACUCUCUCUCUUUUUAUUAUCUAUGUAUAAAAUAAAGGUUUUCACAGUGAUUUACAGUAUAAGAAAUCACAAUGUACCCCUCUUAAAAGCAUCUAUAGAAAACUGGAGAAAACCUUCAAAAUCCCACUCUAACCCGACAGAAUUAGACAACUGCUUCAUAAAGUGUACCACUUUUCAGCUAACAGCACUAUGUAUCGGACACUGUGGAGGUUCAUGUAUACAAGAACUUAUCGUUUUGUAUUAAGCCCUUGUGUGUUAUUGACUAUCCUAUAGCAGGAAAAUGUUGAUGUGUGCAUUGUUGUUAAAACGUAAUCCUGCUUGGGCCCAAUUCAGCACAGUACUCAAGCACAUGCAUAACUAGAUGUCAGCGGGACCACUGGUGUGCUGAAAGUUAGGCAUGUUCCUAAAUACCUCGCUGAAACAGGGUCUUGAUGCACUCAUGUUUACAAGUCUAAGCCAUUUGGGAGGAAAGUAAGGCAGUGGUUUUGAGCCUCUGUGGCUUUGCAGAGGAGCAUGUGUGCGAUUACUGUGUGUACUACGACAUAGUGCGAAUUUAAACACAUUUAAAGUACACAGCUGUUAUUUCACUCUAACGUAUUGUAAACUGUCAAAUGAUGCUAUAUCUGAACACGUUUAAGUGAUGACAACUGUUUUGAUCAGUGACUGGGCCAGAUUCAGCCCAGAUUAGAGUAGUAUAAACCCAGAGACAGAGUUCCAGUGGCAGGAAUAUUUCCAGAGGAGAGCUUAUGGUGUGGAAACUCAUCGCUAUUUCCUCUUCACUAGUGCUUAACUGGGCAGCGCUUUUUGGAGAGGGGGCAUGGUCAGGACAACAGAGAAAUGGGCUAUUCAGUGCAAUCGCUCAACAGUUUCCACGGGCAGUCACACAGAGGGGAACUCAUCCCAGCCUUAACAUAAAGCUACCCCAACUCCUUCCUUUGAAGUGAACAUGCUGUAUGAGCUAGCUGGCACAGAGUACAAUUUACACUUUCCUGCACCAGAAAGGUAGGGAAGUUUUUUUUAUUCCAGCCCAGUAUUUUAAAGCCCAGGUGUGAGUGAUGAGGCUGAAUUUGGUUCUUUAUUCAAAAGGCUGAAGGUUGAAAAAAAAUCAUGGGAAAUUUUUUUUUCCCUUUUCACCUAGAUAAAUGACAGUGGAUUACAUAACAAUAUUAGCUCAUGUGUUUUAGCAUAUUCCUUUAUUAUUUAGCAUAUUCCUAGAUAUUUAUGAGAUACAAUAAAGCUCCCUAUCCCACAUGGUGUAAUUGCCUCUUCAUAUGAAUGAGAUUAGAGGAUGUGUAAUAACAAAUUACCUCUCAAAUCACAUGAAGUGACAUGUCUAGGCAACUGCUAAAUUAUUCUGAACAUUCUCAGACACACCAGUCCCCAAACUAAAGCUUAGUUUCUGUGCAGAAGAGGAAUCCUCAAUUGUACAGAACUCACUUCCUUCUUCAGUUUUUAGAAUUCAGCUCCCAUAAAAAUUAACUGAAAAAUGCUGUGUCACAAGCAUGAUGGGCUUUUUGACGUAACACUCCAAAGAAUCAGUAGCACAGCUGGCUUUUAUCUGAGAACACAGAUGAUUUUUGUAGAGGAUGACAAUAGAAAUCCAGAGGAAUGAAAUAACCCUUGUAACAUGACAUAUAAUGCUGUUUUAAAUAAAGAUCAAGGUACAAAUAGAAAAGUUCAUUUUUAAAAUGUUUGACAGCUACUGGUUCUAAACUACCCACACUUUCAGAAGAGGGUUUCCAUGCCACUAUUUUAUCUGUUACUAUUGAUCAAGAACAGUGUUUGCCUGUCAUACUGUAGUUGAUCCUGUAUUCUAUGCAGUGUUUAAAAGGUGUGUAAAUAAAAAAUGUAAAACUUGACAACAAUACAGGAGUCAUACCUAAAAGUGUCCAUGGAAAAGAUUGUGUAGAAACAGAUUUGUGUGUGCAAGGGAGAGAGCAAGAAAUACAAACUUUUCUGAAUUGGAGGUAACUUCCCUAUAUGACUAAUUACAUUAGUUUAAACAGAACACAUCUUCUACAAAGGUGUUUUUGCAGUGCCAGGUACAAUGGGCCUGUGAUCUUGGUUGGUCCAUAGGCACUUCUGUAACAAACAUGAUUAAUAAUGAUAACAUGACAUAGUAUUUGGAGGAUUACGCAUGGUUCUUGACAUUCA